AUGUGGGGCAACAAUAUUCCCAUCCCCAAUGGCUUAAACACCUUCGACGACAAAAAGUCCACCUACGAUCAAGAAGCCAUGCUCCGCGCCGCCGCCAUGAGCACAAAAAAACUCCACAUCGGUAUUGUGGGCGCUGGAUUUUCUGGCUUGCGCUGCGCAGACGUAUUGCUAUCUCAUGGCCACCGCGUCACCAUUUUCGAAGCUCGCAACCGUGUAGGUGGUAGAGUGGGCCAAAGCAACCAUCUAGGUCAUACAGUGGACUUGGGACCUAAUUGGAUACAUGGCACAGACGACAAUCCCAUCUUUGACAUUGCGAAGCAGACGGAUACGCAAUUGCAUUAUUGGGAUGAGAGACAGCGUAUUUUGGAUACUGAUGGCACGCCUUUAUCGACCAAAGAAGCAGAAGAAUACGGCAGCAUUCUCUGGGAGAAUGGAUUGAUAUCCCAAGCCUUCAAGUACAGUAGAGAAAACACUUCUACCAUUGACGCUUCUGUCUCGUUAAUGGACUACUUUGCCGAGAAGGCAGAGACUUUGUUCGCAGACUUGGAGCAACAAGAGGCGCAAAGGAAGAGGAAGACUUUGUUGAAGGUGUGCGACUUUUGGGGCAGUUAUGUGGGAAGUGCUACUACGGCACAGAGUUUGAAGUACUUCUGGCUGGAGGAGUGUAUAGAGGGUGAGAAUCCAUUUGUUGCGGGUACGUAUACGAAGAUUUUGGAACACGUCGCAAAACCUACGCUGGAAAAGGCAGAGGUGAGUCUGGAAACCAGAGUCACUGGAAUCAAGGGGAGGAAGGGUGGAGCUGAAAAAGUAGAGGUGGAGGUUGAUGGAGGUGAGAAGUAUGAGUUUGAUGAGGUGGUCAUGACGGCGCCUUUGGGAUGGUUGAAGAGAAACAAGGAUGUUUUUGUCAACGGCUUGACGGAGGAGCUGAACAAAGCUAUUGAUGCUAUUGGGUAUGGUUCUUUGGAUAAGAUCUACAUCACCUUCCCCACUGCCUUCUGGGAAACAUCCUCAGAAGAAGGACAACCAAAAGGCACCGCCACCAUCACCAGCUCCAACACCCCAAACACAACAGCAACAACGACACCUCUCCACCAAGCCUCUUCUACUUCUCCAUCAACAGGUUAUCCAGGAUUCACCCACUGGCUAGCACCCACCUACUCACACGAUGCAAACCCACACCAAUGGGACCAACAAGCCAUGAAUCUAGCCGCUCUACCCGGCUCCUCCGCACACCCAUCCCUCCUCUUCUACAUCUACGGCGCUUGCUCCACUCACAUCGCCUCCCUCGCCCAACUACCCCAACCCACCCGCGACGAUUCCCUCAAAGCCUUUAUUGCACCUUACAUCUCUCGUCUACCCAAUUAUUCUGCCGAGUCUGCUGCUUGCAAGCCCAAAGCAAUAUUUGCGACUGCGUGGGCUGGAGACGAGUUGGCUGGUUAUGGCAGUUAUGCAAAUUUCCAGGUUGGGUUGGUGGAUGGAGAUAAGCAUGUCGAGACGAUGAGGAAAGGUAUGCCAGAGCAAGGUAUUUGGAUUGCUGGUGAACAUACGUCACCAUUUGUUGCUUUGGGUACGGCGACAGGAGCGUAUUGGAGUGGUGAGAAGGUUGCUCUGAGGAUACUGGAGAAAGCUGUGGGAGAUGACAAGCAGGAGGAAAAGAAGUAA